UUGGGUGAUACACCAUCGCCUGAUGAGGCCCUCCGAGUUCUUCGUCGCGCUGGCGAGUGCUUCGACCUCAAGUCCUUCGAAAUAUCCUGGAACUUUGAGGUACACGCACCUCUACUGUCCUUGGGCCUUCGACCUGACCCUGAUGUGAUCUCACAUGGGUGCGACUUUGUUGCUUGGAUAAUCAGAGAAUAUCUCCAUGGCUAUGUCCCAGAGAAGCUGGUCGACUUCUGCCUCUUUCUGAACCCGAGUGUGAUAGGAGAUAGCGCUGCCGCCCGUCGAAUUGACCAGAUCCGAACCCAUCUGCCCGAGCAGAUGAUCAAUCACACGGUUUAUGAGUCCUUAGGUGGAAGGCCGAUAGCCCUCAGCAUCGAGACUAAGAAAGCCGAGGCAGGUCUUAUCAAUGCCAAUCUUCAGAUUGGCGUGUGGCAUACCGCGCAGUGGAACUUUCUCAGAUCGGUGGCAGGUGAUACACUUGACAAUAGGAGGCUGGCAUUUCUUCCUGCCAUCAUCGUCGAGGGUAAUGACUGGAGCUUUGCUGCUACUACGCGCAAGGGCACUAUCACGACACUCUGGUCGAAACAGCCUAUAGGCUCUACCACUGAUCCCCUUGGGAUCUAUAAGAUUGUGGCAGCUUUACGAUAUCUUCAGAGGUGGGCAAGACGGGAAUACUGGCCAUGGUUCAGAGAGGUAGUAUUAGGUUUCCCUGCUUAG